AUGUCGUCUCAGCCGCCUAUUGACAACUACCCAGGCGAACGCACUCUGACCGAGACCGCCAGGCUUCGCGCCCAGCAUGAUCUUGUCGUUGAUGCCUUAGGCGGCCUAUUGCUGUGUCAUCUCGACACCACGCAGCAGAACCUUCGGAUUCUUGAUGUAGGCACUGCGGAUGGCUGGUUCCUGCACUGCGUCCGUAGCCAGCUCGCCUGCCCUGAUACCGCCACUCUGGUUGGGACAGAUGUCGCGCCAUAUCCAGACGUGGUGGAGGAUGUCAUCACUCACAACUUCAAAACACCUUUUCCAGAGGACUGGAAAGAUAAUUUCGACUUGGUGCAACUCCGCGCCGUGAUGGCCAACGUUCCAGGCGAUGCAGCCAUUGACCUGGUCCGGCGUGCUUGGAAUCUAGUGAAACCUGGAGGGUUCAUACAGCUGAUUGAUGGAGCAAUGCCGGCGGAAAAGAUGCUUGAGUCUGACAAACCCUCAGCUAGACUCUUCAAGACCAUGGGAGCCUUCCUCGUGCGAGCCGGCAUGGAUGCGAGUCAGGGCGCUCGUGUGGCUGAGAUCUUGCAAACGGCAGCUGGAGACACCAUGACCGGUUUUGGCAGCAAGGAGCGUCCCAUCAGGAUUGGGAAGGGCUCGCAACUGGAGAAGAGCAGCUGGGACUGGUUACGGGGAUUUACCACUGUCGCAUCGCCGGGACUCGUCAAGACAGGAAUGGCGACGCAACAGCAGAUGGACAAGUUGACCCUUGAUGUGAUGAAGCAGGCUCAGGAGGAAGGCUUUGAUCUGUCUUGGUUCGCGGCUUGGGGAAGGAAGUCCUGA